AUGCCGUCGAGAUUGUUGAGCAAGGCGCCUCCACCUACCCGAGCUCCACCACCCACUAGGGAUCCUCCACCCACCAGAGCUCCACCACCCACUCGAGCUCCUCCACCGACUCGAGCUCCACCGCCGUUCACCAGGAUUCCGCGGCAAUCCGCGACGGAUGGCUAUUGUGUGCCCUCACUUUGUGAGCUCUACAAUGGAACGCAUGUGGUGAAUGUGCCCCAUACCGCUUGCGGCAACAACGGUAGCUUUUCCCCAGCCUGCGGACCGGAACCCAAGCUACUGGAGAUGAGCGAAAGGCGACGUCAGCUCCUGCUCGAUAUGCACAAUUUGGCCAGAUCAAAGAUCGCCAGCGGUCAACUGGAAGGCUAUCGGAGCGCCGCCCAAAUGCCCCUCCUCCGUUGGGACAACGAACUGGAGCAAAUGGCCGGGCUGCAUGCCAAACGCUGUCAGUUUGCCCACGACAAGUGCCGCAAUACGCCGCGCUUCCGGUUCAGCGGCCAGAAUAUCGGUUACUUUUGGAUCGGUCGCGAGUUCAAGUCGCAUUCGCGGCGCAUGAAAUCCUUUGUGAUUAACUGGUUCCGCGAGUAUCUGGAUGCCAACCAGAGCUUCAUCGACAGCUAUCGUCCGCAUCCGCAGGGCAAGAAGAUUGGUCACUUCACCCUUUUGGUCUCCGAUCGCGUGAGUCGCGUGGGCUGCGCCGGCAUCCGCUUCCUGGAGCCCACUACCAAUCGCUACCAGUUCAUGCUGACUUGUAAUUAUGACUACAACAACAUAUUCAACGAACCCAUUUACCAGUCUGGUCCGGCGGGUUCCAAAUGCGUUCAGCACCGGAUCAGCGAGAAGUUCCCCGGUUUAUGCGACUGGCGCGACCCCAUCGGCGACGCUGAAAGCGAGGAGAGCGCCGAGGAUGGCAACACCCUGGAUAAUAAUAUACCCCUGUAAAGGAAUACAAACCCUAAGAUAAGGACAAAAUACUCGUACCACCUGGAAUAAGAUAUACAAAGCAUAAUUUUUUUCAUAGUUUUUAAGUAAAUAUAUUAAAAUCUUUUAAAAAGAAUGGAUUGUUAUUGUGU